ACUCUUCCACGCAGCACGCCGCACGCAGCACGCCCCGCGCCCCCGCCACCAUGGUCACCUACAACGGCGAGUACAAGCUGGCGUCGUCCGACAAGUUCGACGAGGUGAUGAAGGCCAUGGGGGUCGGCCUCAUCACAAGGAAGGCGGCGAACGCGGCCACGCCGGUCAUCACCGUCACCACCCGACGGCAUCCACUGGAGCUGCGCCAGGUCACCUCGUUCAAGACGCACGAGCAGGAGUUCGACAUCGGCCGCCGAGCAGGAGAUGACCACGCCCGACGGCAGGAAGGUCCACGGUCAGUGGGCUGUCGGUUGGACCGGGAGGACUGUCUCACGGUCAGUGGGCUGUCGGUGGACCGGGAGGACUGUCUCACGGUCAGUGGGCUGUCGGUGGACCGGGAGGACCGUCCUCACGGAGACGCGUGGACGAAUCCAGAGUGUGCGCACUAG